GCAGCUUCUGUGCUGGCUACGUUUUUAAAAUUAGUAGAGCUCAUUUUUCUGCCGUGGAUACUUCAUGAAGAUUCUUGUAUUUCUUCAAGUUCAUGAUGAUAUUACUUCUUCCUCUCCUUUCUCACUCAACUGACCCUGAUCUAUUGCUGGACUUCCGUGCUGGAGACCUGGCUGCUGCUGCUGCUGCUGCUCCAUCCCUUAAUGGUUUCCCCUGCAAACCAACCUCUGCAGUUACCUCAGAUGGCUUUUUCUUUGAUGCUUUAACCAAAGAAGGAAACAUGAGCAACAUAUCUGGAUCAGCAGUGAAUUCAGCCAACGUCCUUACACGGAAAGUCCUGGUAGGCCUCGUGACUACCGGAAACGAGUAUUACUCGAAAGUCCUCGGUCCCUGGCAAAUGUUUGUGAUUCCUCGUGGAUUACAUUUCCAGCUGAAUGUGGGAAAAGGGAAGGCACUUGCCAUUACAACUUUCAGCAGUCAGUUACCUGGAAGUUUGCCACUUUCCAAAACUAUCUUUGCUUCAGAUCCUUCAAUUCCUGAACAAUUCCUGAACAAUUCCUGACUUGGGCAUUCAAAGUAGAAGCUGAUGUUAUCGAAACCAUAAGAUUAAAACUUGGUGGUCAAGAGAAAAAUGCAUUAAUUCCCUGAGUUGGUAUUAAUGUAUAAUGUUCAUCAUCAUCAACUCGUUCAAGAUAAAAUUUCACCAGCAUG